AUGCAGGAAUGGUUGGAAGAACACAAAGAAGAGGUAGUUGAUAACAUAGUGGAAGAAGUUCUUGAUGGUGCAGGACUAGUUAAAGAAAUUAAGACAUGUCAUUUAGAUGAUGAGGAUGAAAAUGAAGAUGAGGAUGAUGAUGAGGAUGAGGAUGACCAUGGGGUUGAGGAUGUGGAUGCUGAUGAAGAUGAGGAUAGCCAUAGCAGCCCUCAUUUUUUCAAAAAGGAUAAUGGCCCUGAUGUCGAAAUGGGUGAGAAUGCAGCUUUGGGUGGCCCUUUGGAAGAAGCCAUGGAUGAUGAUGAAGAUGUUUAUCCUCAGUUGCCAAACAUUUUCAAUGAAAAGCUUCACUGGAAUGAGCAGGAACUUGUGUUAGGUAUGAGGCAUUGGCAGGUUGUGUCUUGUGGGAUUAUGGAGUUUAAAACAAGGAAAAUAGAUGAGUCAUACAUUGUUGAUGUCAUAAAAAAGGAAUGCAGUUGUAGGUUAUGGCAACUAAAUGGUGGCAUGAAUGGGAUGAACAUGUGGCCUUCAACAACCUUUACACCUCCAUUGUCUCCUUUAAAAAGAAGAAUGCCAGGCAGGCCAACAGUCAUAAGAAUAAGGGAUGCUUUUGAAAGGUCUGGAAAACACAUUGUUUCAGAGGCAAGGAAAAAGGUUUAUUGUGACAUAUUCAAAGAGAAAGGGCACAACAAGACCACUUGCACUAAAGUGCCAAGGCCACCUAAAACUAAUGUCACAAAGAAACAAAAAAUCAUGCAAACACAAGAAUCCGUGAAUAUGCAAGGGGGUGGAGAAGAUGUUGUGAUGGGUGAUGCAGUUGAGCCACAAACUGAUGAAGUUAUGAGGGUAAAAAAAUCUGAUCAAGUGGUGAGGGUUAAUGAAGCUAAGGAACGGGGAAGGUUUAAUCGAGUUGUUAGGCAAGUGAAUACUACGGGUCAACCAAGCAAGAGGAAAAAGUCAGAGAGAAUUCUUAAGCUAAAGCUUGGUAAAAGAGUUGAAGGUGAAGGUAGUAGUGUUGGAUCGCCAAUGGAGUUAGAUUAA